AAUGGUCCAGUCCUUAGUUCACCUCCCAGCUAACUGGAAUGCUGUUUAUUUAUAUUUCGCUUUCUUACCUCACAAUGGUAGGGCAGUUCCUAAGAUAUUCAGCCAACCACGGAAUUCUGUUGAGAAGAGCUGAGAUGCAGGGUGGGUUGGGAGGAGGGAAGGAAGAGAUCCUCCUGGAUGCCUCCCCUGGCAUCUGGUGAAGACUUUCUGGUCUUUGGUCCAUCACCCCAAAGGCUGCUUGUGCAAAGCUGUGGAGUCUCUGGGAACAGCCUAACCUUUCUUCACUGCCAAGCAACUGGAACCUGCUUCACUUGCGAGGUCCCUUCAGCCUUCUAACAAUGCCGUGAUCCAUCACUGGUGACAGUGAUAUGCUGCAGACGGUGUGGAGCUGGCCACCCUGUGAUGUCCAAGGAACAUCCCCUCACAGAUGCUCCCCAGUCUGCUUUAAGGGUGGCAGAGAAGUCCAAGGUUGGCAGUGGCUCCUUUUCCAGUGCCCAGCUGCAGUGAAACCACAGUCGAGCUGCAUGUGAGACAAUGAGGAGCAGAUGGCCCAGUGAUGCUGUAACCACUGCAGUGUGUAAGCCCGUGACACAGUCACCUAAUAACACAUCCUCAGCCAAGUCCCUGUUGCCUACGCAAGAAAGUAGGAGGAAGGAUCCUAAACCAUGAUGCAAACAGAAAUUCCACCGGCCAGCAGCUAUCGCUAUGGGUCACAUCCUGCUCAGCUCUGCUGCUGGCUGCCUCCAUCUGCCUGCACAGGUCCCAGGCGAGCCAGCUCCAGGCUGUCCUCCCCAGCCCAAGAUGAUUGACCUGGAGUUCAGGUACACUCAAACUCUGGCCCAGGAGUACCUGCUUCACGUCCUACAAGUACCUCAUCGAGGGACCAGCCCCAGCAGGACAUCCAGAGUGCUACAGGAUGUAGCUUUCUCAGUCCAGGAAAAAGUUGAAAAGAGUCUGAAGCCAAGCUUAGACAGAUUUGAUGUGGCGUCCAUAGACACUGCCAGGACAAUAUUCAACCAGGUAAUGGAGAAGGAGUUCGAGGAUGGAGUCAUUAACUGGGGACGGAUUGUGACCAUAUUUGCUUUUGGUGGGGUCAUCCUCAAGAAACUGCCAGAGCCGAUUGCCCCAGAUGGGAACACUUACAAGGAGAUUUCUUACUUCGUGGCUGAGUUCAUAAUGAACCACACAGGAGACUGGAUACGGCAAAACGGAGGCUGGGAAAACGGCUUUGUAAGGAAGUUUGAGCCCAAAUCUGGCUGGCUGACUUUUGUGGGAGUUAUAGGACAGAUCUGUGAGAUAUUCUCUGUCCUGAAGCAGUUCUACUGACCAAAAAGGACAAUGACUCUGGAGAGAACUACUGCCAACCAGACUCCUUCCACUUAAAAUAACAAAAACAAAAACAACACUCACGCCCCACCCCUUUCAUGAUGUAACCUUUUCCUAAGGUUACAGGAUUUUUC